UCACUAUGAAACCGUCCCAACCGCAACCGCAACCGCUGUUUCACCUCUUCUUCCUUCUAUUAGCCGCAACCGCCGCUGUCUCUUCCUCUUCAUCUUCUCCACUAGACCCAAAACAGCUCAAAGCUCUCAAAACCCUCACAACAGCAAAAGACCCCUGCGACAGCAACAACCACUCAUCAUCAACCACCAUAACUUGCGACGACGCUUCUCCUUUCCGCCACGUUACCUCUCUCUCCUUCUCAACCUCCUCUUCACUCUCCCUCCCCUCAAAAACCCUAAAACCUCUCUCCACCUCACUCCUCUCCCUCUCCUUCCUCAACUGCCCUUCCCUCUCUCCACCAAAACACCUCCCAAUCUCCCUCCGCUCCUUCACCGCCGUCUCCUCCUUCCACCGCCACGGCCUCUCCGGCGUCUACCUCGCCCGCCUCGUCAACCUCACUCACCUCACCAUCUCCUCAGUCCCAGUCUCAGCCUCCGGUCUCUACGUCGUCCUCGGAAACAUGCGCAACGUCACCUCCCUCACCAUCUCAUCCUCCAACCUCCCCGGGAAAAUCCCCAAAACGUUUCACUCCAACCUCACUCACAUCGACCUAUCAAACAACAUACUCACAGGCUCACUAAGACCUUCUUCCAUCACUCUCCUCACUGACCUCAAGCUUUUAAACUUAUCUCGCAACUCACUCUCCGGCGAGAUACCGAACAAGAUCGGAGACUUGGCAUCGCUGCAGAACCUGUCACUGGCUUAUAACAGAUUCUCAGGACCGAUCCCAAGCUCGGUCUCGUCGCUCUCUCGGCUGACGCAUCUGGAUCUAAGCGGGAACCAGCUGAACGGCGUCGUACCGAGCUUCUUCUCCCGGAUGGAGAGUCUCAGACACUUGAACCUCGCUGACAACUCCUUCCAGGGAGUGUUGCCGUUUAACGAGAGCUUCAUUAAACAACUCGAGUUCUUCCAAGUCAGAGGGAACAGCGGUCUCUGUUAUAACAACACUGUUCUGUCUUGGAAACUGAAUCUUGGUGUUGCUCCGUGUGAUAAAUACGGUUUGCCUUUAUCGUCUCCGCCGCAGAAGGAGGAGGAGGACUCGACGUUGUCCGAGGAGGAUGAGGAGGAGGAGGAAGAUUACGGCGAUGGGGAUAAGAAGGAAGAGAAACAUGAGUCUAACAAGAUUGUGCUUGGUGUAGCCAUCGGUCUUUCUUCGCUUGUGUUCUUGAUCGUCUUCCUCAUCCUGCUUGCUAAAUGGAGUGUUCUUUCGAAAUAGCCAGACCGUUGGGUUAAAACCGGUACAGGUCCGGUUUUGGAUUCUUAUUUGUUGCUUUUUGUAAUUGUGUUUAGAUUGCGUGUGUGAGAAGUAAAUGAAGUGGGAAAGUUAUGAUUUAUGUUCUCUCAUCUCCACCGAUUUUUGAAUUGUGAUUUUUAUGAUU